AUGAUCAUUGGAGUUGCCUUCCAGUUCUACAGUAACCUCUUCCAACUCAUUGAGCUCGCCGGCUUCGCCUUUGCGCUCAUUGCCGCUCUGGCUGUUCUCGGCCUCCUUUACCUUCGUUAUAAGGAUCCCAAUUUGAAAACAGACUUCCAGCUGCCAAUCUUCUUCCCCAUUCUCUUCCUCCUCUGUGACAUAUUCAUUCUCUGUCUGACCGCCUACCAGCAGCCGAAGGAGUCCCUAUCAAAUAUUAUUCUCAUGCUGUCGGCCAUUCCCAUCUAUCUGAUCUGUGUCAGCUGGAAACGGAAACCUAAGUCAUUUACCAAUUUCUUAUGUAAGUACUGUCUUUUUCACCUAGCUCUAGUCGAAGUUUGA